CAGCGCGUCGCCUCUGAGCCUCAGACCCUCCUCUGCGUCCCCGCGGACAGUCACCGGUUCUCCCGCAGUGGACACAUCUUCACACCGCUGCCGCCGCCGGGGAGUCCGGAUCUCUGAAGCGAACGCACCCGGACCCUCGGUCUUUCUGUUCUCUCCAUCUCUCCAUCUCUCCAUCCGUCUCCAAAACUUUGCAGACUCUGACAGCGUCCACGCGGCGCCGUUUUUGUGGAUUCUGUUGAUUUGGACUGCGCAAGAAACUUUUCAGCGCAGGAAAACAUCUUUAAGAAGUUCCUGAGACUCUGGGAGGGAGAAUGAUUCUGCAGCAGGACCAGCUGCUCCACUGAACACAUGGAGUCGUGUACGGGCGGAGGCCGAGGAGGAAGGUGGAGGCUCCGUCACGCCGUCCCGGUCGUCCUGCUGGGGAUGAGUCUGCAGUGGUGCGUGCUGGGCUGCAGCUCCACGAACUGUAUCGCGACGCUGACGGACGCCCAGGGGGAGUUCACAUCGCCCUGCUACCCCGAGAAAUACCCCAAUUUGCUGACGUGUAAGUGGACGCUGCAGGCCCCCGCCGGCUUCAUCAUCCAGCUCUCCUUCCUUGACUUUGACUUGGAGGAGGCGCGGGGCUGCAUCUACGACUGGGUGGUGGUGAACACAGGAACCGCGGAUGUUAAGUUCUGCGGCCUGACGGCCAACGGGCUGACGCUGAACUCCACGGGAAACGUGAUGGAGCUGUCCCUUACCUCCGACUUCAGCGUGCAGAAGGGGUUCAGUGUUAGCUUCAGACACGUUGCCGUGGCGGGGAACCAAAGGUCGCCAUAUCCGGAAACGGCCAGGGCACCCAUCGCCAACUCCGUUACCCUACCGACGCUCAAAGUCACCAUUUGCUUUUAGGUGGAGCGCGCACGCCCAGAAACCCGGGCCUCUUCCCUACCCGACAAAAGCAACAAAGUGGCGCUGAGUUGGGGGCCGACCGUCCGGGAGGAACUGAUGUUUAAAUCGGGGUUCCGACGACCCAUCAUCUCCUCCGCUGACUUCACCACCACCAUGAAGCCUUUCUGCGUGCUCUGGACGUCCUCCAACGGCCGCGUGGCGGUCUACUUCAACAGGAACUACUGGGCCAAAACCUGCUCUUCUUCUACUGGACACUCUGUACCAGCCGGGGGAAAGUUCCGGUUAGGAGGGCAGCAAAGCUUUGAUGGGAACAUCUAUAACCUCCGGCUGUGGAACUACGCCAUGACGGUGCAGGAGCUCCACGCGUUGAGCUGCGACGUGGUGGGGAACGUCAUCGACUGGGACAACAGCCAGUGGACCAUCCCGUCCACCGUGGCCCAGACCGACACCACGCUCAGCUGCAUCUGCUUCCCUCAAUGCAUUCGCUUAACUACUGUUGCGCCAACUAGUGGUGUCACCCCGCACAGCAACACACCACUGACUACCAGCUGUGACUCUCCAAGACUGGGCUGCCCAGCUGCUUCCUCUCCCACCACCCCAUCCACUGACUCCACUAACACCAUCAAUGCUACUAAUGCCAUCACCGACGUUCUUCCUUCCAUCACUACAUCUCCAUCCACCAUCCCCACCACUAGCAUGCCUCUAACCCCCACCAUCCGUACCACCACCACCACCUCCACCACCACCAGCAUAACCAGCUCCUCCUCUGGUAAGGCUUCAUCUGCUUCGCUGCGCUGUCGUUUUCCAUUAGCAUCUCUGGACUUUCCAUUUAAAUACUUUCUGCUGAUAAUUUACAUUUCUAAAAACACUCAUACUAAUACAAUCAAAAUGCACAACACUGUAAGAAAAAACUAUCCCUUUUUUCGCCUCUUAUUCUGUCUUUUGGCCUUCUCCCUUAUCCUCUUGUCUCCCAAUGUUUCAUCUCCACAAACAGUCCCAGAAAUGACUUCUGCACGGCAGUUACUAACUUCUAACCAACCGUCCACUAACAUACCUACUAAUCCUGCUUCCUCGUGGGCUGCUCCUGCGUCUGUAAUUGCUCCUCAGCAGCCUGAACCCCUGUCCUCCCAGUCCAAGACUCUGGCUGCUGGUCCUAAUGCUCGCAACAGAAGACGCCGGCAUGCUUUAGGAAGAACUACUGCUGGUUCCAAACCUCCAGCUCUUCCAGCCACUCUAAUCAGACAAACAAGGCAUGCUCUCAUUCCCAGCCCCCAUGGAAAGGCUUCCCAUCGUACCUCCCAUGUAUCAAGGGAGGAAGAGGCCGACUGGAGGAAGACGUCCAGCUUCCACAAGUGCACCCCCCAGGCUACCUCCAGAUCCCCCACCGUCUCUUCUGUUGAUGCCCCAGGUCGAGACUUUAUUUCUGGGUUUCAGGAUCACCCACUUCCUGGGAGCAACAACCACACUGCAAACACAGAGAGCUUAAAAUACCUCUCCAUGUCAAAUGCAACCACUGUUAUAACCGCCAAAGACUCAGAAACAACAAACGCCACCAAGGCCAAAAAUGCUUCAACUCUGUUAGAAAAUGCAAAUGUGGAAGCAUCUCAGGGAGGCAUGACGGGCAUCAUACAAGCGCCAGAACUCAAGGCGUUGUUCUACCGUGUUUCCUUCGUGGUGGAUGGCAGCGUCCCAACGCUGACCCAGGCGGAUGUGGAGCGAGCUGUGGCCCUCUGGCUAAAUCAGACGUUUCAGAACUGGACCCACGCAGUCUCCGUAGACUCCCUCAGUGUGCAGCCUGGUGUGCAGAGCGGAGGAUACCCCACCAGUUACACGUGCCGGGCGCUGCUGGUUUACGACUACAUCGCCAACCGGAGUCUGGGGGCCGCGGCCGUGUCGGCGCAGCUGUCCAGCAGGGAAGGGCUGAUGGGGGCCGGCCUGCAGCUCCGCGGCGCCUCCACCUCCGUCACGUUGAUCGAAAACUGUCCGGAGGAGAACCUGCUCCACUACCGCUGGCCGGCGAGCCGACCGACGGUCACUCAGCUGCUGCCCUGCUUCCCCAACAAGGAGCAGAGCACCUCCAGGACCUGUUUGAUCAGUCUGCAGAACUUGUCCUCCUACUGGUCGGCUGCAGACAUCAGUAACUGCACGGACAUUGACACCAUCCAGGUGUCGGCAGAGAACGCGGCCGAGGUGGCGGUGCAGCUUGCCGUCAUCACCAACAACGAGCUGUCCAACGAAGAGGUGUCGAAGGUGGUGUCGAAGGUGAAGCAGCUGGUGAACGUGGCGAGGAUCAACGGCACGUUGGCGUCCACCGUCGUCACCAUCAUCUCCAACAUCAUGACCAGCUCUGAGACGGCGCUAGCCAACAGCUCCGAGGGAGCUCUGAAGACCGUGGACGAGUUGGUUCAGAAGAUCGAGUUCGACGGUCCGUCCAUCAGCAUCACGUCCCGACACCUGGCGCUCGGGAUCUCCACCCUCAACACCACCCUGUUCAACGGGACGUCCUUCAGCGCCUUCAUCGCUCCCAACUCCACCCACCCACAGGUGGACUUUGAGUCGGAGAGGAUGAAUCCUCUGGGUCAGGUGACCCUCCCGGCCUCCCUGCUGUCCGGCGUCUCUCUGAGUGAAUCGGAGCGAUCGUCUCUGUCUCGGAUCAACUUCCUGUUCUUCAGCAGCACGACCCUGUUCCAGAAAGAGCAGAACGGCCGCUCGCUGAACAGCUUCGUGGUGGCGAGCAGCGUCGGGAACUUCUCCAUCAGAAACCUGAAAGAGCCGGUGGAGAUCCACAUCGCUCACCUCUCGGAACAGCCCAACCGGACUCCAGUCUGCAUGUUCUGGGACUUCAGCAUGAACUAUGGCGCCGGAGGCUGGAACGAAGACGGCUGCCUGGUGUCCAAAGACUCCAGCGUCAACACGACCAUCUGUCUGUGUGACCACCUCACACACUUCGGCAUCCUCAUGGACAUUUCUGGAACCGCGCCCCACAUCGACCUCCAGAACAACAAGAUCCUGACCUUCAUCACCUACGUCGGCUGCGGCCUCUCGGCCAUCUUCUCCGCCGCCACGCUGCUCACCUACCUCGCCUUCGAGAAGCUGCGGCGCGACUACCCCUCGAAGAUCUUGAUGAACCUCAGCACGGCGCUGCUGUUCCUGAACAUGGUCUUCCUAUUGGAUGGCUGGCUGGCCAAUCAGCAGAGGGACUGGCUCUGUGUGUCUGUGGCCGUCGUGCUGCACUACUUCCUGCUGGCCUCCUUCACCUGGAUGGGCCUGGAGUCGGUCCACAUGUACAUCGCUCUGGUCAAAGUCUUCAACACCUACAUCCGCCGAUACAUCCUCAAGUUCUGCAUCCUGGGAUGGGAUAAAUGUUACUCCAACCAGACCGGCCCCAAGUGCGUCUCCUCGUGCUCCACCUCCUCAGAGGUGGAACCCAACUCCUCUUCCUCCUCCUCCUCCUCCUCCAUCCUCCCCGUCAGCCAGAUGAUCGACAAGGUGAAAGGAUACUGCUCCACGCGCUCCGACAACUUCUACAAGAACAUCAUCAUGUCGGACAGCUUCGCCAACAGCACCAGGUUCUAGAGAUUUUUGGAGCCUCCUUUGUGAUGUGGAACUGCCCCGAAUAGUUCAAGAAAAUGUUGGGACAUCGGGCUUUUAAUUGGCAGACGGACGAAGGAGACUUCUGUUUAAGGUUCCAAUAUGAAGCGUAACACUGGAGCCUGCCUCGCUGUUCAGGAACUGCCCACGAUGUUAUUUAAGGCUUUUGUUCAGAAACUGUCAGCCAACUAUCAAGAACAUUUUGUGUCCUGGAAGUGGUAGCGUGUAUGGUCCCAUGGUCCCACGGCCCAAUGGUCCCACAGUCCAAUGUUCCCACAGCCCAAUGGUCCCCACCAAUGUUCCCACAGUCCAAUGUUCCCACAUCCUAAUGGUCCCACAGCCCAAUGGUCCCACAGCCCAAUGGUCCCACAGUCUAAUGUUCCCACAGUCCAAUGUUCCCACAGCCCAAUGUUCCCACAGCCCAAUGUUCCCACAGCCUAAUGGUCCCACAUCCUAAUGGUCCCACAGCCCAAUGGUCCCACAGCCCAAUGGUCCCACAGUCCAAUGUUCCCAAAGCCCAAUGUUCCCACAGCCUAAUGGUCCCACAGUCCAAUGGUCCCACAUCCUAAUGGUCCCACAGCCCAAUGGUCCCACAUCCUAAUGGUCCCACCAGCCCACCAAUGGUCCCACAGCCCAAUGGUCCCACAGUCCAAUGUUCCCACAGCCCAAUGUUCCCACAGCCUAAUGGUCCCACAGUUCCCAUAUUUCUAAGAUUUGUUUCCCAAAAUUAGGCCCUUUGUUCCCACAAUUCUAAGAUUUGUUUUUCAAAAUGAGGUCCUAUGUUCCCAGAUUUCCUUUUUCACAAAUCUGUAUCAGAUUUUAUCCCCCUAAACCCUAACCCUAAAAAAUGUUGUGGGAGGAUAGGGCUUAAAUUGAAGGGAAAUCUAGAAACACAAGACCUAAUUUUGAAAAUGUCCUAGAAAUGUGGGACCAUAGGGCUGUGGGACCAUUGGGCUGUGGGACCAUAGGGCUGUGGGACCAUAAGGCUGUGGGACCAUAAGGCUGUGAGACCAUAGGGCUGUGGGACCAUAAGGCUGUGGGACCAUAAGGCUGUGGGACCAUAGGGCUCUGGGACCAUAGGGCUGUGGGGCCAUACUGUGGGGCCAUACUGUGGGACCAUAGGGCUGUGGGGCCAUAGGGCUGACCCCCUGGAAGUGCGACAAUCAUUUUCAAACUCUUUCCCAGCCUCAGCCAGGACGUUUUCUCGGAUCGACUGGGCCUUGACAGAAGCCCCCUCUAACAUUUGUGAAUCCUCCUGGCUUAUGUAACUAGGUGUGUCUCAAUCAAUCUUCUUUUCACUUCAAAUCCCAGCCGUUCAAAAUAUAUACCGACUUGUUUUCUCACUAUCUGACUAUCUGUGUUAGCUUUUGCUCCGUAGCAACGAUGGCGACCGCUGAUUGCGAGGAUUGUCCAGUGUUCCACACUCUACUAUUUGACUGUUUUUAUUGCAGCUUCUGGGUACUUAGUGCUGCAUUUUCUCCCCGCCGUCUCUCUCCUGUUGUCUAAAAUACAUGCAUCCUUCCCACACAAGGGUGUAUAAGAUUUCCUGGAUCGCAAAACGGCGCCUAUUCACUUCUGUGGCGUUGCUCGUCUGGCGCAUACACCCAAAAAAGUAUCUAAGCUUUCUUCUGUGAUGUGCAUCCUGCUGAAUCUGCGCUGCAGCGUUUCUCCCGCUGCCCCAGAGAGGUCGCAGGCACGUCUCUUUUAGAAUGGUGGCCUACAGGGAAAAUAGGCUGCAAGGCUGAGCGCACUUCCUGGGAAGCCUGUAACAACACAGGACUUUCACCCUGGAGACCGGGGAUCGUGUCCCAUGUGUCACAUAUACAUAACUUUUAUAAGCCCACCAAAGACCUUUUCCUAACCCUAACUGCGUCAAAAACAUAGACUGUAUAUUAAUGGACAGAGCAUGUGUGAUGUCACCAAUUGCUUUGUGGAGAUCUGCCAUUAAAUCGUCAAGUUUGCUGUUACGGGCGCAGCCAUUCUGUUGCAGAUGUGAUGAUUUUAGACGAGAAGGAGGAGAGAGGGAGGAGAGAGGGAGGAGAGAGGGAAGAGCCCCUACACUCUACGUUACGUUACACAUUUUCACUAGCAAUAUCAUCAUAGCCACGCCCUUAAACACCCCCCUCUUUAUUGCAGAUUUUAAGAUCAACAAGACCAUAAUUCAAAAGAUGAACAUCAUUCUGUGUUGUAGAAGACUUCCAACUAGCUAUUGAGACUAUAAACUCAAUGUGACAAUGUUGACUGAGGUAAUAAAUCAAGUGAGAAGUGGGUCACUGUCUCACAGACUUCUACAGAAACCGACCUUCUUGUGUCGCCCCUGCUGGACAUCAGAUAGGAUGCCGGUUUAAGGAGUCUCCCGCUGCAGGAAUUCAGGUAGAGAGCAGGUUUAAGGCACUUCCAUGUGUUUAUAUAUCUACUGAUCAUAAUUCAUAAGGAGCUGGUUGGUUUGUGUUUUUUUCAGUAGCCACGCAGCAUAUACAGCUACAUGAUUUCAACCAGAGCCAAAGUCUUGCGCCUGCUAAUCAACAAAGAAAUCUACCUUUUCAUGGAAACUGUUUCAAAGGCAGCCUGUGAACUUCCUGCUAAAAACCCAGAGAUCAAGUUCAUAUAAUAUAAUCACGGACAAAGUCGCACAUUAUUGUUUUAAAUCCCUAGAUGAUUAGGGGUGUCUGAGACAUUACGGGGUGGUCAGAAAACGUCGGUGCGAUUCUACUGUCUAAAUGACAGAAUCGGCUGACAUGGCUGCCAGACUGUGUAACUAAUGGAAAUGAAAAGAGCAGAGGAGAGAAAGGAAGAUAAGACUAAAAAACAAAACGGCUGUUAUGUUUUGGUGUUUUUUUAAAUACUGUGAUGUUUAUUUCAACUGUCCGUUUGUGCAUGUGUGUGUGGAUCCAUAUCCUGUGUAAAUAUUGAUGAUCUAUCUAUUCUAUGUGCCUUAUUUUAUAAUGUGUCCAGAUGGUUGCUUUUGUUCAUGCCUUCGCGGGGUCCUGGAGUGUACAUACAAUCCUCUCACAUUCUCCAACUCCCCGCACCGUGUAGGCACACAGUCGGCCGCCCUUUUCACCUCGGGAGGAAAGAAAUCAUGGCGACAGCGAAUCCAUAAAUCAUAUGAUGUGUGAAACCAAACUGAAUAGUUUGUCUUCCAUUCUGCUAAUUAUUGUAGUUUGGGUCUUUAAAAUGUCAGAAAAUGUUGAAAAAUGUGGAUCAGUGUUUCCCAAAAAGCCCAAAAUGAUGUCCUCAAAUGUCUUGUUUUGUUCCACAACUCAAAGAUAUUCAGUUUCCUGUCCCAGAGAAGAGAAGAAACUGGAAGAUAUUCACGUUUAACAAGCUGACAUAACACACGUUCACCUGUUUUUAAAUACUUAAAACGAUUAUUAAAAUAAUUAAUUUAAAAGUUGACAACUCAAUCAAUUAAUCUCUGCAGCUCUAGACUUUUAAACCGUGACUCCAUAGUUGGUAGUUUGGGUUAAAAAAAAAUAUUAGAAACAACACAGCAAAAAAACAAGAUAAAAAUACUAAAUCAGAGGGAAAAGGUACUCAAAACAAGGGAAAUUAUCUGCCCAUGCAACAAGAUAAUACCACUUGACGAGCUUGCUUGAUUGAAGAUUAUAGUGUAAAGUUAAACACUUUAAAAUGAGAAGUUCACUCUUAAAACAAGAUAAACUAUCUAACACUUCUAAAUCAGUUUUUUUAUCUCGGUAAGAACCAAGUAAUUUGCAGGGGACUUGAGGCCAGUGUGCUACCGAGCUCGAGCUCCCGUUCAUACACAGCAUUACGAUCCACAGUUAGGAAUCUUGUUUGUGUUCAAAUAGGAUUUUGUUUUUGUCAAGAAUUGAUAAUUACUUUGUUUUCACGGCGGGAAAAAGAAGUCCUAGAGUGAAGAAAUACACACACGUGCAGCUGCCGGGUGGAUCUCAUCACGGUAACGCUCAGUUCAUCCAAAUUACAAAGAAAAAAGCAUUUUCUCAUGCGCCGUCUGGUCCUGCACAUAGUCUGAAUUCUUCUGAGAAACCCUGCCACCACAUAAGCCCAAUGGAGGGAAGUAGAAUUUCUCUUGUGGUGCUUAAAUUAAAAAAUAAAUGGCAUUUGGAAGAAUCAGCGGCAUGUAUUUUCAACAAAUAAUGUCCUGAUUACUGGGAUAAACUACCGAAUGUGGUUAACAUUGGACUCUGUUGACAGCGAGGACUGUGGAUCAUCAAGAGAAGAAAAUCAGAACAUUGUGUCUGGAAAGACCAAGUUUUUCCUUUUCUUCUUUCUUUGUUUUCUUUGCAGCACAAGUAAAACAAUGUUUAAUUUGUGUAUUACUGGAAAGGUGAAGUGCUACAGCAGUGGUUAUCUAACAAAGCUUUUAUUUUGGUGAUUGGGAUGGACUGACCCUUAAAUAAAUCAUCCUCCUGGAUGUACAGUGUUGUCGAAAGCAAUUGGUUCAAACGAGAGACAUUUUAUUUAAUAAUUUAUCAAAAAUCAUCCACAUUUGUUCAUCAAAUAUCAAAUUAGACUUAGGAGGAGUAGGGGCCCUAGCACUCCUAGAGAUGGGCAAUAUAUUGAUAUUAAAUCAACAUCAAUAGACAUAAUUUACUAUAGCAAUAGUUACAUCCCCUCCACCCCGCAAAUAAAGUUUUUUUAAGGUUUUCGUUGCUUUAUCUGACAUUUUUUUCAAAGGAUAAAAAUAAUGCAGCAGUGGCAGGGAAAGGGAAAGGGGAAAAUCCUACGCAUCCCCCCUGGAAAAUUUUGGUUUUCAAUGUUUUUCAUGUUAACACAUCUCCACAACAAGCAGGAAACAGUCCGCUAAAUUCAGCAGAUUUUCAUUCUGUAUCAGCCAUAAAAACUGUAAA